GAUAGGUUCAUCACCAGCAAGCCGGCCGCUCCGAGCACGAACCGCGGCCUUUGACAGUCGCCCGGAAACCUGAAUCAGCUAGUCCGUAAAACACGAGAGCAGCGCUGCUCAAUAUGGCGCAUUUCAAAAUUUCGCCCAGGCGGCGGCCGCCUGUUCGACCGGCCUGCGGACGGCUCGGCAAUAGCAGCAGCGGGCGCCUGCUGCCGCUCCUUCUGCUAUGCUGCAGCGCAGCCACCUCACAAAGCAGCAGCGCAGCCACUUCGCUGUCAGCUGCAGCCACCGGUACCGCAGCGCACGCGGCGGGAAGCUCAGCGAGCGGACCGACCGGCACGCUGCUGCUGGAGCGGCGGCCAACCUGGCAUCUGCCCAAGGCUGUAGCAGUGACCAGCUCCUCCCCAGCACAAGCCUCUGCCCCGCCGCUACCACCACCGCGUCCUCGGCCCCCGCCGCCCCCGCCGCCCCCGCCGCCGCAAUCGGCAGCUGUUGUGCCUGACAGAGGUGGUGGUGGUGGAGGCGGCUGGCGUGGCAGUAAUGCCAGCGGCGCCGUGGCGCCUGGCUCACCUGCGCCUGCGCCGCCUCCUGGCGGGCUGGGCGUGGUGACUGGAGACCGGCUGCUUGGGAAAGACAGCGGCGGCAGUGGCGGUGGCAGUGGCAGUGACCCAGUCUCUGGGGCGCCGGGACAGCAGGGUAUGAGCCUUUGGGUGUGGGGCAUCUUCUCCCUGCCAGCUCUCAUCGGCCUUGUCGCGAUGUGCUGCUGCUGCCUGGGCUUGGGCUGUCGGCUGCGUGGUCGCCACCGCGGCGAGGACGAGAGCCACCGAGGCAUAGCGGCCGACGGAAGCCGGUAUCGCUCGCUUUCCCCUUCCCUCGGAGACGUCGCGGAUGUUGAGGGAGAUAAUAACACCGGGCUCGGGGGCGGGUGGCACCUGCAUGAGGACGCCGUGCAAGGCGCUCUGGCGCCCGCCGGCGCCUCGCAUUAUCUGGAGGCCGCGGAUGCAGUUGCUACAGCCGGCGGACGGCCGCCAGAGCGCUGGCCCAGCUGGCAGCGGCUGCUACUGCCGCAGGCACCGCAAGCUACUGCCAGUGGCGGGACCGGCGGAGCGCCAGGAGCUGGGGGCGGGGGCAUCGCUCUGGGGGCAUCCGGGGAUCCGUCGCGACCGCCGUCGCUGCUGCGGGCUUCACCGGCGUCGCGACUAGCGGCCGCCGCAGCCAUCUCGGCUGCUGCCGCCGCUGCGACUGGCGCCGGUGGUGCCGGUGCCUCGAGUGGGGACGGGGCUGCUCGCACGGGCCUGGUGACGGCAGCAGAGCAGGCACCAGCGGCCGGGCGUCAGCCGGCGAGUGCGCGGGAUCUGUGGUGGGGGCUGCGGCGCCGCAGGCGCGCUGCAGCCAGCAGCUGGAGAGACGGCAGCGGCGGUGCGGUCAACAUGGGUGGAGGCAGUGCCGCUGCCUUUGCGGAGCCGAUUCAACUGCUGCUGCAGCAGAGGUUCGACGCCCUGCAGCGCGAGCUUGCGCAGCAGCGCCACCGAGUACCGCACCAGCACCACCACCAACAGCAACAGCCGCAGCAACAGCAGCAGCCCCAAGAGCGCUUGCUUGUGCACCAGCAGCCGUCCAUCCAGCAGCCAGACCGGCCCGGACGCCGCACAGUGUUGCAGGCAGCAGGCGGGAUUCCACAGGAAGCCCGGCAGCAGCAACAGCAGCAACAGCAGCAACAGCAGCAACAGCAGCAACAGCAGCAACAUCAGCGGCCUCGCUCGCUGUUGGCGUCAUUCGUAGCGGUGGCGCCAUCCGCUCUGCUGCUUCAGCGCAUACUGCCUUUCACCCGCCGUGGCCGCAUCAGCAGCAGCCAUAGUGGCAGCGCGGGGGCUGGCCACGGUGGCCGUGGCGGCGGUGACAACGGAGCGGGCCCCAGCAGCAGAGGCGGUGGCGUGCAAGUCGGCGGCCAAAGCGGCAGUAACGACAGUAGCAGUCGGAGGCAUGAGGAAGGGGUGCAAGGGGGGCGGGCGCUGCCGCCACUGGGCGCGCGGCAGCCAUCUGCGGCACGCGGCGGCGUGAGGGACUGGGUGGAGGCGGUGGCGGCUGGCGUGGUGGCGGCCGGUGCUGCUGCGGCCGGCGCAACGGCAGGGUUCCUCGGUGACGGCAGCGAGGCGGCAGCCGUCGCUGCAGCCAUGGCGGAGGAAGGAGGAAGAACCCAGGACUACACGGGCGGGGGGGAGGCGCAUCCACAACAUGAUCAGCAGCAGCAGGGUCGGCGUCAGCAGCAGCAACAGCAGCAGCAGCAACGUGAGGGGUCAGCUCCACGGCGCUUGCUAAGGACGGCACCGGCACCGGCAGCACUGGCGCCGGCACUGCCGCCCAGUGGGCCGCCAGCCGCGGGGCCGGCCGCUAUGGGCAGCUGGGAGGAGGUGCUGGAGGUGGCCCUGAGGGUGCUGCAGCAGGAGCAGCAGGAGCAGCAGCAGCGGGAGGGGCAGCGGCGGCGGACGGGAUUCCAGCCGCUGCUGCAGGAGCCGUCGCUGGCGCCACCUGCAGACCCGGCGGCAGGCGGUGUGGCUGUUGCAGGCGGUAGUGUUGCUGUGGGCGGUGGAGAGCGAGCGGGACUGGACUGGUCGGCGCUUGAUGGAGCUAGGGGCGGCAGUGGGUUGCCGCGUACACAACACCAGCUGCCGCCGUGGCGUCAAGACCCCGGCAGCGCCAGACUGUCGCCCCCGGCACGAGCUGCCGCAGCCGCAGCCGCCACAGCCACAACAGCAGCGCCACCGCCGCCUGCACCUCAUCGGUUGCGGCCACGGCCACCGCUGCCCCAUGUGCAGCUGCAGCCGCCUCUGCCCCAGCCGUUCCGCCACAUGCCGGUGCCGGGGCUGCAUCCCGAGCUGGUGCAGGAUCUGCCACUUGUGCGACUGCCGCUGCGCCCCGCCGCGCUGCGCCCACCGAAGCCCUCCUCUGAGGCAACCGCCCCAGCCCCGACGCCUUCGGCCUCGCCGUCGCCCCCCUCGUCACCACAGCAUCGGCACCCGCCGUCGACGCAGCCGUCGCCCUCGCCGCCCUCGCUGUCCGGCUGCCCGCAGGAGGCGCAAGUCACCCUCAGAACCCCGCCGGGCGCGCCCCUGCAUUCCGCCGCUGCCGGUGUUCCCACUGCCGCUGCGGCAGGAGCCGCCAGCGGCUUCGCUUGCGGCCGUCGACGCCGUCUUUCCCAGGGGGCAGCAGUGCGGUCGCCUGCGGGCCCGGUCACGGACGCCCAGCCGGACUCAGCCGCCGCCGACGCCGCCGACAUGUCAGCCGUGUCCGCCACUGGCAACACCCUGAACGCCUCGGCCGCGACCACCACGCUCGCGAUAACGCGAGUCCCGUCGGCUCCUUCCUCCUCCGCGGGCACUCCCACCGGGUCCACCACCCUACCGCUGCCGCGGCUGCGCCUCCGCAGGAACGGCUUUGCACGUGCCGCCGCAAGCGGCGGGGCCGCCUCCGACGCCUCCGCCCCGCUCCCUUCUGGCGUUGCGCUGUGGCCGCGCAUGACGCUGCUGCGGUCCCCACCGGCAGCUCUUGCACCGCCGGGCGCUCAAGCGCAGGCCCGCGACCAGCCCCAGUUCCAGCCUCAGCACCAGACCCAGCCCCGGCCCCAGUAUCCAUCGGAGUACGAGCCGCAGUCCCAGCCUCACACCCGCGCCCGGCCGCGGCGCCAUCUGUCGCCGGCCGUGCCCGCGUCCUCCUCCUCGCCGUCACAGUCCUGGGGCAUUCAGUCCUGGGGCAUACAGCUGGAGGACGUGAGCGAGAGCCAGGGCGAGGACUGGGGCGUGGCGGAGCAGGCGGAGCAGGCGGAGCAGGAGCUAAGGCGGAGUGAGCGAGACGGUUCAAGGCCGGCAGCGGCGGCCGCAGCGCGGGUGGGUGCAAGGGACGGCAGGAGCCACAUGAGCGCCGCAGGCGACAGCUCGGACGAUGGAGACUGGAAAGGGACGCUGCAUGCCCGGAGGGAAGGGCAGCAGCAGGAGGGAGGUGGCUGUUCUGAGCAGCAGGAUCUAUAUGAUGAGGCAGAGGGGGAGGGCGAUGUGUUUGCCCGGCUGGCCUGGCAGCUGGCGGACGAAACGGGCGCAUGCUCGGUGUGCCUCUGCAGCUUCGCGCCGAACGAAGUCCUGAGGGUGCUGCCGCUGUGCGGCCACGUCUUCCACGCGGCGUGUGUGGAUACCUGGCUGCAGCGAAAUGCGACAUGCCCGAACUGCCGUGCGAUGGCGCUGCCGGCGUGGGUGGUGGAGGCGGUGGUGCGGGUGGGGCAGGACCGCGUGCCAAUGGCACACCGCUGGUAGGCAUGGUGAAGGGUUAUGUGAUAGGGAACUGGCUUGCAAGAGCGCAGGCAGCAGUGCGGGUGUGCCGCGUUUAGGGUAGGGGGGGCCCGAGAGGGGGAGGGGAGCGGAGAAAAUUACUGUCGGAGCCCGCUACGGGCGAGCUGCUGAGUCCCGGGGUUUCAAACCGCGUUUCGAGGCAAACGCCUGUAACUUGAUGCAGAA